AUGGGGGCCGGGGCAGGCUCCGGGCGGGGGCAGCUCUUCCUCCGCACCCUCCUCUUCCUCCUGUUGGCCGGGCUCCCUGCAUGGGGCCAGCUGCGCUACGCUGUGCCGGAGGAACUGGAGCACGGAGCCUUCGUGGCCAACCUGGGUGAGGACCUGGGACUGGAUGUGUCCACCCUGUCAGCGCGGAGGUUCCGAAUCGUGUCACGGGCCGGGGCCAGGCAGCACCUGGAGGUGAACCUGGAGAACGGGAUCCUCUUUGUGAACGAGCGGAUCGACCGGGAGGAGGUGUGUGAGGCCGGGGGGACCUGCCUGCUCCACCUGCAGCUCCUCGUCGAGAGCCCACUGGAGCUCUACCGCGUCGAGGUGGAGGUGCUGGACAUCAACGACCACGCACCCACCUUUCCUUGGCAAGAAUACGUGCUGGAGGUGGCCGAGUCUGCCGUGCUCGGUGCCCGCUUCCCACUGGAGAGCGCCCAGGAUCCUGACGUGGGUACCAACUCCGUGCACACCUACCGCCUCAGCCCCAAUGGCUUCUUUUCACUCGAGGUGCAGACACGCAGUGAUGCCAGCAAGUUUGCAGAGCUGGUGCUGGAGCGUGCCCUCGACCGUGAGCAGCAACGUGUGCACCGGGUGCUGCUCACCGCCCUCGACGGCGGUGUCCCCGAGCGCUCGGGCACAGCGCACAUCCUCGUCACCGUGCUGGACGCCAACGACAACGUGCCUGCCUUCGACCAGCCCUCCUAUGGUGUGAGCCUUCCUGAGGAUGCUCCUGCAGGCACUCUGGUCAUCCAGCUCAAUGCCACCGACCUGGAUGAGGGCCCCAACGGGGAGAUUGAGUACUCCUUCAGUGGCCACGCACCGCCUCGUGUCCGGGAGCUCUUCCACAUAGAGCCCCGCAGCGGGCAGGUGCUGCUGAAGGGCCGCCUGGACUACGAGCGGGCCAGCAUCCACGAGCUCUAUGUGCAAGCCAAGGACCGCGGGCCCUCGGCUGUGGCUGUGCACUGCAGGGUGCUUGUGCACCUCCUCGAUGUCAAUGACAAUGCGCCAGAGGUGACGCUCACCUCUGUGUCCACGCCCGUGCUGGAGGAUGCUCCCCCAGGCACUGUGAUCGCUGUCAUCAGCGUUCUGGACCGGGACUCUGGGGACAACGGGCGUGUGAGCUGUGAGGUCGGCCCCAAUGUGCCAUUUGAGCUCCGCUCCUCCUUCCGGAACUACUACACGCUGGUCACCACGCAAGCGCUGGACCGGGAGGCUGUGCCCGAGUACAACGUCAGCAUCACAGCACGGGACAUGGGCUCGCCUGCCCUGCUGACCCGCAGCACCCUCACCAUCCCCGUGUCUGAUGUGAACGACAACGCUCCGCGCUUCCUCCAGCCCUCCUACAGUGUGUAUGUGAUGGAGAACAACGCACCAGGUGCCUCCAUCUGCUCCGUCAGUGCAUUAGACCCUGACUGCCAACAAAAUGCCUACCUGUCCUAUUCUAUUGCCGAUGGGCACAUCCAUGGCAUGCCCGUGGGCACCUACGUGUCCAUCAACUCAGACAGCGGGCACAUGUACGCCCUGCGCUCCCUGGACUAUGAGCAGAUCCGCAGCUUCCAGAUCCAGGUGCAAGCACAGGACGCGGGGUUUCCCCCACUCAGUGCCAACGUCACCGUCCACAUCUUUGUGUUGGACCAGAAUGACAACGCUCCGGUCAUCGUUUCCCCCAUGCCGCGCAACGGCUCCGUUGCCACCGAGUUGGUGCCGCGAUCGGCCAGGCCUGGCUACCUCGUGGGCACGGUGUCGGCGGUGGACGCGGAUGCGGGGCUGAACUCUCGCCUCUCCUACCAGCUCCUCCAGGCUACUGACUUCACCCUCUUCAGCGUGGCGCCCGACACGGGUGAGCUGCGCACCCUCCGCUCCUUCCUGGAGCAGGACGCGAGCCGGCAGCAGCUGGUGGUGCAGGUGCGGGAUGGAGGGCAGCCAGCCCUCUCUGCCACCGUGUCCCUCCUGCUUUCCGUGGUGGAGACCAUGCCCCAGACUCUCUCUGACUUCAGCGAGUUCAGCCUCCCUCCAGAGGUCUCCUCGUCUUCCCCACUCACCCUCUAUCUCCUCGUCUCCCUGGGCUCCAUCUCCUUCACCUUCCUUCUCGCCAUCCUCAUCCUCACAGCCAUCCGCUGCCGUGGAGAGCGGCGCUCCCGCCAAGGGGACAGCUGCUCGCCACCUCGCUGCCACUGCUGUCCCGGGUCCAGAGCCUCCUCUGAUGGCCUGAAGACUUCCAACCUGACGGCACAGCCCCCUGCAGGGACCACGGCUGCCACCUGCCUUGAUGUGCCUGCGGGCGGCCCCCCAGGCUACUGCUACAAGGUCUGCCUCGGUCCUGAGUCUGCUCAGAGCGACUUCAUGUUCCUCAAACCCUGCAGCCCCCCCCGGAACAACGAGAAGGAUCCCGGGAAGAGAUCCCGGCCAGACCAGCAUCUCCAGGUCUCCAAAGAGGCCAAGCAGCCCAACACAGACUGGCUGCCCCCAAGCACACAGAGAGCUGCCCUGAAAAGCUCCCAGAGCCUGGAAGAUGUGGGGGAAAUCCGUAGAGCCCUCCAGAAGGAGCACGAGAGGCUGUGCACGCUGGUGACCCCUGUCUCUGAGUUUCAGAAGGCUUCAGCAGGUCCCAACAGCAUCUGGACACCCCAAUACAGUCCCUUGUACCCAGCCCUGGAUUAUCAGCACAACGUUUACAUCCCAGGCACCCCCACUCUGCUUUCCAGCAAGGAUGGGCCCCUCUUCCCAGGCCGGGAGAACAAAAACAGCUUCUCCACCUUUGGCAAGAGGAAGAAGAUGACAACUUACUGUGACAUGCAUGAGAGUGUGGUUAUCAACAACGACCUGAAAUAG